AGCAUAUGUCAAGAAAGCAGACUGCACAGUGCAUCACAGCUCGUCACUUACUGUAAGUCCUGGUUGUCUCUACAUGUUAAGUUGGACGUCUUACUUUGCCUUUCUUCAUUAAAAUGGACAGUGCUUUUGAUAACCUGGAUGCAGCUGGUUUCCUGGAGAUCUGGCAACACUUCGAUGCAGAUGAUAAUGGCUACAUUGAGGACAAAGAGCUGGAUGACUUUUUCCGUCACAUGAUGAAGAGACUGGGUCCACAGGAGAAAGUGACUGAAGAGAGAGUCCAGAGGCUGAAGCAAAGGUUUAUGUCUGCCUAUGAUGUCACUGCUGAUGGGAAACUACAGAUUCAUGAGUUGGCCAAUAUGAUCCUUCCCGAGGAUGAGAACUUCCUGUUAAUUUUCCGCAGAGAAGCUCCUCUGGACAACAGUGUUGACUUCAUGAAGAUAUGGAGGAAGUAUGAUGUCGACUGCAGCGGCUACAUCUCAGCCAGGGAGCUCAAGGCUUUCUUGAAAGACCUGUUCCAACAGCAUCACAAGGAAGUGUCAUCGGACAAGCUGGACGAGUACACAGACACAAUGAUGAAAAUCUUCGACAAAAACAAGGAUGGCUGUUUGGAUCUGAACGACUUGGCCAGGAUCUUGGCUUUAGAGGAGAAUUUCCUGCUCCAGUUCAAGAUGGAUGCCUGCAGCAAAGAGGAGAGAAAGAGAGACUUUCAGAAGAUCUUUGAUCACUAUGACGUUAGUAAGACCGGAGCGCUGGAGGGUCCUGAGGUGGACGGCUUUGUCAAAGACAUGAUGGGGCUGGUCAGGCCCAAUCUCACCAGUUCUGAGCUGGACGAGCUGCGUCUCGUUCUGCUGCGUCACUGUGAUGUCAACAAGGAUGGAAAGAUCCAGAGAAAUGAGCUGGCUCUGUGUCUGGGAGUCAAACCUAAGCUUGGUUAAGAGAGCUGUAUUAUCUGAUUGUAUUAUGAAACACUGACUCUGUAUUCGUCGUGUAGUCAGCACUGGUAGGAUGUUGUGUUUUGAUCCGGACCAGUCUAAUUACUGGGUUAUUUAAGGUCAGUCUUAAUAAAGACAUAUUUGAUCAUGAAAAUAAUAGAAACACAAUUUGAUAUUAUGUGAUGGAAAUACAUUAAAUGACUGUAGAUCUAUGACUUGAAAUGACAGUGUUUCUUGUGCAUGUUGUAAGCCAAAAGAAAAGAA